UUUAAAAAAUUGCCUCUAUGUAGGUUUAGAGGUUCAUUAGUUUAUGCCUGUCCUGUAUUUGUAGGCGGUAUCUUCACUAUAACGUAUGUACAAAUAAUGGUAGUGUUUUAGUUGUUUAGUGUCUUGUUCUCCGGAUUCGCAUUUUUUACUUGCAUUUAACAACUAGAGAGAUUACGGUAACGUACUCCUCAUGAUGUCAUUGCUAGCUGAAACCGUCUAUGUCAGGGUCUUCGGUGCAAUUUAACUCAGUUAUUGUCACCUUGGUAAAGCUUUGUUACCAUUUGUUGUGAAAACGGACAUUCUAAUGAGCCUACUUGGGGGAUGAAAUAUUUAAUGCGUGGAUAUUAGACUACGUUACCGUAAAUUAACCUGUAUUAAACCAGAGAAUAGGCUGCCACUAGGCUACUCUUCGUCAGCUCGCCUUCAAAGUUAUAAAAAGCUCCAGGUAGCUGGUCAGAGGAGGAGUUUAUCAGAGCGUAAGAGACAGAGUCUUUCCCCCCCCCCCCAUCAUGUCCUCAGAAGCCACUCCUCCCAUCCAGCAGGGGGCGCCCCAGACCCUGGUGUCCCCAGGCUCCCCCGUCUCACCCAGCUCCCUCAGUCUGCCCAAGUACCGCGCCCGGGACCGCUCCCCGUCCCCCAUGAGGGGCUACCUGAUCCCCAGCCCCCUGCCUACUCGCCGAACCCGAACCUGCUCUGCAUCUGCCCGUGCGUCAGAGGGGCCCAGCUUCACCGGCGUCUGCAAGUGCUUCUCACGCUCCAAAGGGCACGGUUUCAUCACACCUGCUGACGGCGGCAACGACAUCUUCGUGCACAUCUCAGACAUCGAGGGGGAGUACGUGCCGGUGGAAGGCGACGAGGUCAGCUACAAGAUCUGCUCCAUCCCACCCAAACACGAGAAGGUGCAGGCCGUGGACGUGGCCAUCACCCACCUGGCCCCCGGGACCAAGCACGAGACCUGGUCAGGGAGCGUGAUCAGCUCGUAACCGGGGAGACGGAGGGGGGGGGGGGGCUGCAAAAGGCUGUAAAACCCAGGGCUACAGCAAGGCACACUGAACUUAUGGAUCAUGCUGGGGGGAGGGAGGGAGAGAGAGAAAGAGAGGGAGAGGGAGAGAGGGAGAGGGAGAGGGAAGACCCUGCACAGAAACAGAUGUUAGAGCACACAGGCAACCACACAGACUUUUUCUUCCAUUUUUUUUGGGUCGUGGUGGGGUGGGGUUGGUGACGGUUAGUAAUGGGAGAGUGAGGUUAUGUGGGGGAAAGGAGGCUGUCAGUCAUUUUUCACGACCAAUCAUAAGGUUCAAUCCCCAACGCGACGAUUGGUUCAAACCAGAGUAUGACCAAUAGCUCUGCCUAUUUUAGCUUUGACAAAGCCUGAUUUUACCCAUUACAGGCGGUUAAAGUAAACUACAUUUUUUUCUCCAUAUCUGGGACUGGGAAAAAAUUAGAGUUGUUUCUUAGCUUCUGAAAUGUAAGUAACAACCAUCCUCACCCCCUUUAUAUUUAAACUCCACAUAAUGGACAUUUGUUUAAUGCUUGUACAAUUUAAGAGCGCACAAGUAUUUGGUUCAUUUUGACCAUUCAUCAUUAUUCCUUUCAAUGGUAGACCUCUGAUUUGCCAUUCUUUAUAAUGUGCUGAGAUGGAAACUUGAAAAAUGUAAUUUGUCAAAAUAUGCUGCACAUAUUAUUCACACAUUAUUGUCUAUUAUUAUUGCAGUUCUCAUAUUUCAGUUUGAAUACAUAUUCAAUACACAAUUUAAAGCAUUCUGAAAACAGCAACUAUUCAUAUUGAUCAAUUUCAAAUUAUUCUGGAUGUACUAUACUAUAAAGGAUAUCAGAAAUUCUUUGUUUCCAUCUGAUUUUCUGCUGUCAGACAGAAUUCAAAUUCAGUAGAAAUAAGCGGAGUCCAGACUUGUGUCUAGUUUCUCUAUUCCACACUGGAUGCAUCUGGGCAGAGCGACUCAUUUCUUUUUCAGUGGUUCUCAGUGAUCUUUCAAAAACGAAUUUUACACACACAUGUGCCUGUCUGCCUGCCUUCAGUUCAUUCAGUUCAUUCUCUACCUGGAGUUAUAAUUUGAUGUUGAAUUACUGAAUAAAAUAAAAGUUUUGUGAGAUGCAGCAA